CAUGGCCAGAGUUUUUUCGUUUUAGGGAAUGUGCCGCUUGCCCCCCUGUUUUGAACUUCAACUUUAAGGUGUGUGGUACGUGGCUGCAUGUGUGAUUAGGGAAUGAAAACGUCAUUGAACUAUGGAAAUUUCUCAUAGGAUUACUGACUUACCAUUUGUAAGAGGACCAAACGGAACGAUUACCGUCAGUAAUGGCGUCUGAAUCUUCGUCAGUACACAAUCAAGGAUCACAAAAUCCGGCAAGACUUACAGUUAUCGAACAUGCCGUACGAUGCCUGACUGCGGAGAGAAGCACAUCUUGUUGUGUCCAGAGAGAGUAUGUCAAAGAUUGUUGGAACUACGUCAGGGAAACUUUUCAAAAUGAACAAAAACAUCGCAUGGAGAAUGAAGUACACGAGUGGGAACGUUUCCAUGAUAGUCAACUUCAAACAAGGAAGGCAUCAGAUUUGCGAGUUUGUUAUCUAGGUUCUAGCGUAUCGGACCUCGUAAACGAUCUACAUCUUCUCAUUGAGAAUGGUGUACUGUGUUGGAACGUCUGGGUAGUUGUGAAAGGUUCCGAAUCUCUAACAAAGGUUCGCAAAACCCUCAGUGAGUCGAAAUUAAAAAAUGUCAAAUUGCGAGAGGGUGACUUCUUAAGCUUUUUGAAAGAUUUUGAAGGACAAUUUGACAUCAUCUUUUUUGAUCCAUGUGCCUCGCUUGCUGAGGAGAACACCUUAAAGGUAAUCGGGUAUGUCUUUUACUACAACAGACUGACAUCGCCAGGUGCUUUGAUUACCACAUUUUUGUUUCCACCUCUCCAGCAGCGUGUAGAACACAUACACCACGAGGAAAACAUCCCAAAGAAACCUGCGUAUGAAAAUGAAACAGAAGAAAAAAGAAGGCGCAAGAAGGAACAAGAAGGAGAGGCAGCCAAACUUCUGCUUGAACAGUACUUAAAAUACAGGGCUCCUCAGUUUGAUGCAAGAUUUCUUAGUGAGACAAUUGAUGAUGAGGAAAAGUAUGGUGAUUACAUUACUUAUCAAGUGAUUGACUCAGCCUUUUUGUUUGUUCCUGUUGAAAGGAUGCUGUUGUCAACCAAACCAAGAGUGUGGGCUGAAAUAUUUGAUAACACGGGUGACAUUCUUGAAGAAAUAUUGUUACCAAAGUUGGAAGACAUUGCUAAAGGGACUGGCAAAUCAACAGUAGAACAAACUCAAGCUGGAGAGUUCCAUUUACAACACAUCUACUCUGUUUCAAAAUCAGCUGAGGCAUCAAGCUCCCCUGGCAAAACUUGGAUUGAUGAAAUUUUUCCCAACAGGAGGAAUUCUUGUUUGCAGAAGUAUGACAUUUCAUUGCUGCUUUUAACUCCACUUCUGUUUUCUUCACAUGAAUUCAUUUUGAAGUAUUCCAAAUCACAGUUUAAGAGUACAUGCCUUGACCCUAUUUCUCAGUGUUUUCCUGACAGUAGCAAAAGUGGAAGUUUGCGCAAUAAAGUACGUUGGCCUUGCACAGGGUGUUUGGUGGCGAACCUCCUUUAUGGCCAGUUGGCUAACCCAUCAUUUCCUGUUAUCAAUAAGCUCCUGCGUGUUAGAUACACUUCUAAGUACAACAAGAUUUUCUCAGAUGUUUUCAUUUUUGAUAAGUGCGAGUAUGUAUAUGACCAAUUCCCUACAAUUGAGGGGGCAUGUUAUUCUAUAUCAGAGCCCAUGCUUCAAAUGGUUUACAGAAUGGCUUUGGAUGGCUUGAGAAAGCACCUGGCAUCAGUUUCUUCAAGUCUUUUUCAGUUUUGUGUUCCAGUUUGGAGUGGGGACCUUUGUUCUCCAGAUGACUUGUUGCACCUUCCCAAAAGGCAGGUACGGGAAGUAGAAUGUUUGCAUUCUAAUGAAGCUGCUGCCCACUUAGAUUCUGUUCAAGAAGAAGAAUCACAGCCGACAAAGGAAGCAGUCAUCAAAGAGGUAUGAGUAUUUGUUGGGCUUUUAAAAAGCACUAUCUUAUUUAUUACAGUUUCCAUAGAAAUGGAAAGUGUAUAAUUGAUUGAUUACAUACCAUGUAGAAAAUCGAUAAAAUUAAUAGAGGAAAGAGAUGUUGCUAAUUGAUUACUAUUGAAUUGAAUUGGCUCUUAAAUUUCCAUGUGUUUUAGCAGUUAACAUUGGCAAAGAAUGUUAAUGCGAGUCCGUAUACCUAACACAUUUCAAUAACGGGUUUGCAGUGUUCCAGCCAUAAAUUUCUGCUUGAGGGCCAAAGUGGCCCCUACAACCCAUUUUUUGGGGCCAGGUAUUUCAAGAAAGGGCCAAUGUACCAGUAUCUUUCUAAUAUGCAAAAGGGAAGAAACAGUUGGAAAGUUAAGGAAAUGAAAAUGGCAGUUUAUCUGAAGCUGACUUGGAGCAUCCCUCUUUAUACACACUAGAGGAAAUCUUCGGUAAUAAAGCAAACAGUACAAUCAGAAUGUAUGCAAUAAAAAUAGUAAGUAAUUUUUUUAAUCUCAUUUUCCACUUCACCGUCAAGAUCUGCUUUCUUUCGCUUCUUCUAAACUGCUUUGCCUCCAUCCACUUUUUCGUUACUUACUGAGAACAAACUUUCGAUGGACCUUGAAAAUGCGUUUGUCAGGUUUGUCCUUUUUCGAGACGCUAUGAUGGAUACCCAUCAGCUCCUACGAUAUUACAAAAGCCAAGUCGAGGCUCAGUGGUCUCCAGACCACUCACAGUAAAUCAGGUAAACUCAAGAAGAUUCAUCGAUUGAUUUUCAUGUUGCGUACAAAGGUACGGAGUCGUUGUUCUUUAGAUUAAAAAUUCUGUCUUAUUGGAAAAUUAUUGUAGUUGAAGUAACAGAGACAUUUUUAAGCCCAGGGAAUUAAAGAACGAAAGGGCCAUAAUGGCCCUUGAACGCUUUUGGUGGGGGCCAUCUCUCAAUCUUUUGCGGGAUUCACGCAAUGGCGCACUCUGGCUUGAACACUGGGUUUGCAUCAGGACUUAUUAGUAUGUAUGAGCUAGUGUAUUGUUCCUGGUUUUUUAUUGUCUUAAUAGCUGCAACAAAAGCCUUAACAAUGUCUAAAAGACUCGGUAAAAACUGAAACAGGGUUUUGAUUUUAUACAGUAGUCGUUGCUUGACUUGAUAAUAUGAAGUAGAAUGAAAGACGACCAAACAGAUAAACUUACUUGAAGACUAAGUUUUGUGUAAUCUUCCAACUUCUCUCAUGUCAGAAAAACUUUCCAAAAUAACAAACUCUAGUCAGUGUUAAAAUUCCUGUGAGAAAAUUCCUGAACUAUGAAAAUUCAACAUACAGUUUUGCAGUUGACAACUAGGGCUUGAAAAAAUUUCCCAGCUGGCAUUGGUCAAGUUGUUCAGUCAAACCUACUUUUGCUGGGACACAACCUGUUUUUAGUUGGACAAAUGUCUUUCAUCUGCAUGUAGGAUUACAGGGUUCUCACAGUAUUGAAGAGUCCUUGAAGUUUAAGGGAAGUCCUUGAAAAGUCCUUAAAUUUCUACGCAAGUCCUUGAAAAGUCCUUGAAUUUUCUUCAACAUUGAAUGUAAUGGCCUGGGAAGUGUUUUUUGGAUGCUUUUUGCUUGUCCAAGACAGAAUAUGAAUCAUAGCUCAGAGAAUUUAAAGGUUAUUUGCACAAAGUGGUCAAUGAGAAACCACUAGUUACUGCCCUGCCGCGCAGUGCUUCUAAAAUUUCACGUGGCCACGGAGCCGUGAAAUCCUGAAUAAUUCGGUAGAAAUCUUACAAAAUACAUGUUAGUUCAACAUAUUUGGGACUUAUCUCGGCUAAUGGGGCUGUUUUUGCCAUAAACUUGCAAAUUUAUCUUGAAACUUCGUCACUGCAAGGAGAAGAUGUCCCAAAACUAUCAGGUGUUAUUGGAUUAUUGUAAAAAUCUGGGCACUGGCCAGUGCAUGAUAUAAAAAGCUUUGCCAUUGGCACAUUUCUGAGCUCAUUGUUGUUAAAAGAGCAAAUGAUCAUGAGCCUUGGGUUGACUGUGUUAACAUGGUUUGAAGGAAUCUUUCUUGAAUUACUUGAAUUAAGUUCUUGAAGAAAUUCAUCAGGCUAGUGAAGUUAAUAUCUAUUUAAACUCAUCACCAAUAGAUGAGCUUGGGCGUUGGUGCGUACAAAGUUGGUGGAGUCAGGCAAUGCUCUAGCAUGAGGAAGAGGUAUCCAUGGCGACCCUGUGAGUGGCCCCCACCCAACCGGAAUCUCCUUUGGUGCUUGAAAAAGGAGGGGCCAGCGAACAGGGGUGAAAUGGAACCUCUGACUCCAACAACCCCAAGCACCAAGCACAGCAGUUGCAUCGAAAAACAGACACACACUUACCAAAUGAAUGCAGCUGACAGUGAGAGCAACACCAAAAACUGCAGUGCAAGCCCUGAGCAAUUCGGUGCUAAACUCGACUGCAAUGUUGAAGGAGCUGUGGAUAACAAAUGGCAAGGACACGCGAUGUCAAGCCAGCUGACUAGAGAUGCCUGCAAGAGCUUCCAAAGGUGUGGGGAUAUAAAGUUGGUAUGCGUUACUAGUCCAAUGUCCAGGAGCCUGAAUCAGGUGGUCAGGAAUACCAUUGCGAGCUGCUACUGUGGCUGCCCCAAUGCAGAAGCUGUGGCUGGAAAAAUUGCCUUCAAUCCCUGCGGUAGAGAAAAUUUGCCGCAGCCAAUCGGUCAAGAUUGAGCGAUACAGAGGUUGACGAUUCGCAUGAAGGAACAAGGGGCCAGGGACAUUUCCUUGUACAGAGAGGUAAGCCAGCAAAGCGUGAACUGUGCAAAGGGGUACCCUUCCCAGACCAAUAUGGAUGUGGCAACCUUGACGGGAUGGAUCUGUUUUCGACGCUUUUAUUUGAACACACUGUGCAGGGCUCAAAGUUAGCGACUAACUGGUCGCAUAUGCGACUGGAUUUCUGGCUGUGCGCCUAAAAAUUCAUGUGUAAUCGCACCUGUGCGCCAUAAAACCCAAAGCAAAGUGCGACUGACUGACUGACUUCCGACUAUACUUACGAACUCAAACUAGAAAGACGGUGUAUGUUUAACUGGUCUUUUCUCCCAAUGGAUCCUACGAACUCGAAUGUUCUUUUUCGUUUCGAUGUUUUACUCCAUCCCAGACUCUUCUGUUUUGUAAUAAACACCGCUGACACAUGCAAAUAUAUGCUACGAAUGAAACACGUACUUUUCGCGCAACGAAACGCAAAGUUUUAACGUCAGUCAAAACAGAAACAGUGCGGAUUAAGAGCCUUUUUUUCCAGGUAAGAAAGUUUUUUAAGUCGUAUUCCAGUUACAUGUAAGUCAUUGCUCAUUUAACAGAUUCAUUAAAGAUUAAUUUUCAUUUGCGUUCGACACACUCAUUGUUGUCAGUUUUGAAUUGUUUUUCAAGUGUAUGUUUCUUUAGUCACAACUGUACUGUCAAAAAGAGAAAUUAGUUUUAAAAAUCACAACGGUAUUACUGCGUAGCAAAUCGGGUGUGUUUUAUCAAUCACAGGACUGAAGUAAAAGUUACAAACUGGAGAUGACAAAUAAAUGUGGCACUGUUAAGCUUUUUACUUUUUCUUUUGGAAUAGAUGCUCCCAACAUUAUAAGCUGUGCUCCUAAAAUUUUCAGCUGUGCGCCUAAAAUUUCGGCAGUGCGCCUAAAAAUUUACACCUGGUAGCACAAGUGCUCCCAAACUCAAAUUUAAACUUUGAGCCCUGCUGUGAUGUCUGCCACUGAAAGAUGAAUAGCUGGAGAAGAGCUAACUAAAUUGGGGACUGUAAAUUCUGUAGCAUGGAGAAAACCAAAAUAACCCAGCAUGCAGGCUGCCCAAAAGUCGCAAUGAUCGAAAAUCUCGAGGUCCAAUGCCCGAUGAAUGACCAAGAGAAGGCUGUCAGUAAUUGGAAGGCACUGAGCAGCCGGGGAACCCUGGGAACGCUUGACCCCUCUCAACACUCGUUGAAGCUGCAGGCAAUUAAGCAAAGGGUCAGGAAAACCUUGCUCAAUGUGCAAGGAGCGAACUGCAGAUAAAUAGACUUUAAUUGACGAAUGCUGAGUCGAAUCUGCGAGAAAUGAAACAAACAUAAAGUCCACUCGUCUGCAGGGCAAGGCGAGCCAUUGGAGUGGAGCUUUCCCGCUUGGCGGCAAAAUUCGACGAACUUGCAUUGACCUGACGCAUAAGCUUUCCAGGUGGAAGGAGCCAGACCCUGGGCCAAGAAAUGCAGGCACCGUUGUUCUAGGGAGGAGGUGUUAAGCUGUCCAGCAGGAGCUGAGGAAUCGGACAAGGGGAUGAGUGAGCCUCCGGGGCCAGCUGCCUGAACUCCUGCCAACGGAAAGGAGAGAUAGCAUCAGCAAUUUUGUUCUCAACUCCAGGAACAUGGGCAGCAGUGAAAGUAAAACCCUAACACGCUGCCGAUAGCAGAAGAUCAUGGAGAAGGUGCCUUAAAGCUGGAACCUUCGAAGUCCUGGUCAUGAGAAUCGCGACUACAGCCUCGUUAUCUGAGUGAAAAAGGACAUGCUUCCUGGCCCACAAAGAUCCCCAAAGGUGAGCAGCAAUCACCACAGGAAAGAGUUCUUGGUAUGUGAUAUAUUGCCUGGCCUGCACCAUUGACCAGGCACCAUAAAACCACUGGCCUUGAGAAUAGGUGCCAAAGCCAAUCGCACCUGCUGCAUCCAAAGUGACCUCCAAAUCUGUGGCAGCAGACAUGCCAGGGUACAACCAGAACCCAACUCCAUGCCAAGAAGCUAGAAACUGCUGCCACCACUGAAGGUCAAGACGAAAUUCCUGGUUAAUCCGAACAGGAUGGUCCUUGUUACGGAAGCAGCACAGUGAAUCAAUAAACCGAUGGAGAAAGGCUCUCCCUGGCCAAACUACCUUACCAGCAUGGUGUAAAUGGCCAAUAAGAGACUCCAAUUCCUGCUUUCUGCACCAGCGACGGGGCAUCCACGAAUGAAUGAGUUCUCUUAGUGCAAGCAAUUUGUCCUCAGGAAGACGGGCCACUUGGUUGACGGAGUCCAAUUCAAUUCCUAAGAUAGUCAUAGAAGUGGCUGGACCCACACAUUUGUUAGCGUGAAGAGGCAACCCCAGCCGAUGGCAAACAGAGACUGCUGUGUUAAGGUUAUAAGCACACUGGGAUGACUGUGGGGGACCUGCAGUAAUAAAGUCAUCCAAAUAAUGUAACAGAUCAGAAAGGUGGUGCUUAUGGAGAAGGAUCCAUUCAACCAUAUCAGCUAUUGAAUUGAAAAUAAAUGAUGCAGAACGGAGACCGAAAGGGAGCGAGAGGUCAACAUAGAACUAACCACGCCACCUCAUGCCAAGUAAGAAGCGGUCAUCUGGGUGAACUGGGAUGUUCCGAUAAGCCGAUUCCACAUCAAAUUUUGCCAUAAGGACACAACAACCCCCAAAUUCCCUGAACCACCCAUAACCGCCCGUAAAAAUGGCCGCUUGAUUCAGUCCAUUCCCCUCUCCACUCUGGUGUUUUUUAUCUUUUGUUUUCACAGAGUGAUUGAUGGAUAUUAAACCAAUCAUUUGCCAUCUUUUGCGCAUUUUUUGACAGAUGAUGAGAAGCACCACAGGGUCGGGUUUUUCGAAGUGCGCGAGUAAAAGAAAUUCGUGAGAGUAAUGGCCGCCCGUGUCAAUUUCGAAUCAACGUUGGCAUCACGUUUGAGAGAAUAUAGAGAUAAGACUUUUCUUGGCUAUGUUUUGAGAACAUUUAAAUAGAUACUUUAAUUAAGGAUUAAAAUUUUAGCAACUUUGCUGAGUGAAGUAGUUGAUACUUUUUGUCUGCUUCAAUGGAUUUCUUGCUGUUUCCCAUAGGAACAUUUUUUUUGUUAUUAACCAUGCUUAUUCAGCCAAGGUGCUAAUUGAGGGGAGGGGAUGGCUGUUCACAGGUUAACAGUGACUUUGCAUUGGUAGUUGAUUGUUUCGGGGGCGGGGGUCCAAGUUAUUUGUUUUAGAAUACUGAUCCACAUAAUUAGCAGCAUUGUGUAAGUGUUGCAUGCAGACAAUAAUUGUAUUCUUGUAACUGCCUUCACAGCCUCACAUGAGCAGUUUUGGAGGACAACCCGAGAUUGAUGAUACAAGUUUAGAAGAUUUAGAACUCUCUGAUUGUACAGGGACAAAAGGUACUGACAUUGUUGUUUACUAUAUGGCUUGCAUUCCUAUCGUUGAACAGAAUUACAAUGGGACCUUCUCAAAGUGGCUGCUUGUGGGCCAUGCAAUUUUGUUCAACUUUACUUGGCAGCAUCGAAUUGUGAUACAAAGAGAUGCUUUGCCAGGUUGUUCACAGCAAACAGUGUGAAUCAUGAGACAAACAUUGAAGUCCAUUACUUGAUAAAGGUACAUUCAUUUGAGAUGAUCUGGAUCAAGUUCAGUGAUCCCAGAUACUCAUCUCAUGGUAGAUUAAAUGAACCAAUGAAUCCACUCUGGACAAGGAUUCAUUGGUUUAUUUGAUCUACCAUGAUCCAAGUGAUCUUUGAUCAUUCGAAAGGAAUGCACCCAAAGAUUCCGAGAUGGUAUCAAAAGCUUGUGCAUGCUAAAGAAGCUAUUAUGCCGGAGUCUGAAACCUCAUUUAUGUUCAGCAAGUAUAUGUUAGCAUAUUCUGACUCUUAGUCAGCACACAUACUGUCAAACCCAUUUCAGAUGGUUCACAUGGGCCUUGAAAAGUCCUUGAAAAAGCAUGGUGUCCUUGAAAAAUCCUCAAAUUAUCCUUGAAUUUUCCACAGAAGUCCUUGAAUAUUUUUGAAAGCUCCUUGAAUAAAAAUAGCCGUUGCUAAAAAAAGAUGGAAAGCACAGCAAAUAAUUCAUAUACAAAUUUUUUUGGUGAUCAUGAAAGUGUGUCUUCUCAUAUUUUGGUCUUCCCGGUAAAGUUCUUUUUCCGUCAUUGAGCUAAUAUGUCAGUGGUCUAAGCUUAUGUGUCUUUGUGACUUUGUGGCUUUGUCUGUUUUUGUCUGUUUGGAUGUGUGUUGUAGGGGCCAAUAAGGUUGAAGGUACUCUGAGUUGAUUGCUAGGAACCAAUGAGAUAUGGCAUCUAAACAUGACAUUGCUGCCCCAAAGGUCAAACAAGGACACUUUGAGACCACCAUUUUAGUGCUUCACAAUUUUGUCGUCUUUUAUUACGGCUAAAGGUGUUUAGAAGCAUAACAUUUAAAUAACUUCAUGAUUCAAAGACUGAGUACAGUGAUGCGGCUGUUUAAGGGUUCAUAUUUUAGUGUGGCUGCUGGUUCUAGACAUUUAGGACCUAAUUCUGCUAUUGUGAACGAUGCAGCGUACAUGAAUUCUGUUUCACCUGCUUCAACGUGAAGUACAAAAAAUGAUAGUUUUGAAAGGUCUACAAAUGAAACGUUAAUAAUUAGUAUUUAGAUAUUGACUUUAACUUGGAAGUAUGCGUAAUCUUUUUUAGAAGCUUUAACAAGAGCGGAUUUUUUUAAAGCUGUAACAAGUAAAUUAAUAUUCCGUAAACAUACUUUAUUCUCUCUUGUACAAAGUUCAAGAGACCUUUAAAUUCACAUUCCAGCAACUUAAGUGCAACCAUAUCUGAUACAUGUUUACCAUCAUAAAAGUAAUUAAAACAUAGUAUCUAAUUUCCCUAGCGGCUAAGUAAAGAUGCUCAGCUUUUGUGUUAACCAGUAAACUUGGAAGUAGCCAGUUGACGAAAUAAUUAGAUUACUAGAUUACUGUAUGAUGCCUUGAAUUGAACCAUGAAAGGGGACAAAGUCCAACACUUUCACGUGCCAGCUGUGUGACUGUACAUCUCAUGCAGAUUGGCUUUUAACAGUAAUAAUAGUUACUUGAACGUAAGAAGACCUGUUUCAUUUUGUAACUAAUGCCUUAAAAAAGGCUCUUGUCUUUUAAGAAGCAAUAGCUUUUAAAACAUGAAGAAUUAAGUUGUCAGAGUUAAAGACUGUUUCAUUGAGUAGAAUCGCAAGUGAAAACCUAUUUGGUAUUUGAUGAGCCACAUUUUCGUAAGAAGCUCUGAGGAAACCUUAGAGUUUUCCUUCCUAUCAACGUUUGGUGAGUUGAUAUUUUAUUUAUUGUACUUUAACAAUUUGUUUAACUUGCACCAGAUGUAUCAGGGAAAGAUGGAGGAAAGUGAAUAUAUGAGGAUUGACCCAGCCGAGCAUUUCGCAUUUUCAUUUAUGUACUGCAAUACCCAAUUUCGCAAAAAAAAGCCAGUCUAUAUUCAGGAGGAAAAAGGUAGAUUCAUCACUCUUGGUCAAUUACACUGAAGCAUUCAAAAUAGCUCAUGCACGUUAAACGUGCCUAUGUUUUGAAGUAAUUGCAAUCAUUGCAAUAAGUGAACCCUCCUCCACCUAUGCAUGUGGAAGUAUAUUUCAAUAUUGGUAUGAUGAAGGCGACACAGUCAAAAGGGAAAAAGGGCCGGUGGCUGUACAAUACGAAAUUGGAACUUGAGGAGAUCAAGGAAAUGAAGAAGGGAAGAGUAGAUUUGGAUAUUAAGUCUCUGACUGAAACACCAGACAAUCUUUGCUUGAAAGCAGAUUCCACUGGCAAAUUAACUUGUGUCACGCAAGCCAGCUUACUGAAAAAAACUGCCAAGUAGAAAAUGCAACAGUUUGCUGACUUGGAUGCAAACAUUAAUGACAGUGUGUAAAAGCUUAAACAAUAGUCAUAGUCAGACUGUGUCUGUAAUAGACACAAUCUGAACAUUUUCCACAGGUUUGUAAUUUUACUUCAUGUCAUUCUAUCAGUAUGUCAAAUUCUGGAGAAAAAAUGAUUUUGUUCCUUGAAAAAAAGCCUAUCUAAGCCCAUCUAUUUGAAAAAAGAAGUUAUAGACUCUUUUCUUCCCCUAUUCACUGGGUUGUAGAGCCACCUGUAUGGAUGUAUUAUCCUGAUUUUUGAUGUUUUAGGUCAUGGUUAAAGUUUGCAUGUAAUUUUGUUUUCCUUUUUGGAUUGACCUGAACUAGAUGCUUAACUGUAUGAACUAGGGCUUCCUUUGUGAAAGUUUUCUUGGUGUAGAAAUGAAAAGUAUGCUUUGUUGUUAAAAAUGAAAAUUCAAUUUUGUACUUUUUUGAUAAUAUGGAUGGAUCAUGAAUAGUUACCAUAAACAAUCAUGUACAAGCCGCUAGAGAGUAAACAAAAAUGAGUAGCCCAAGUUAUCAUGCAAAUAAUGUGUAGACAGGUCUCUUAUCUUAAAGGUAGUUCGAUGGACUUCAUUAAUUUUGUAGAAAGCAAAGUCCAAAAGCACGCUAUCAUUGCUUGCAUGGACAUGUAACAAAUUUAUACACCAACAUUCCAUAGGAGAAAAGAAUCAACAGUAUGUGCAAAGCAUAUAACUCUUACUUUAAAGAUAAACUUCCAAUUCCAGCACAGUCACUUAAAGAAGCACUCAGACUGAUGAUAACUUAUCUGAAAAGAAAACUCAUUCCACUUUUUUAUCUAGGUUCAUUCCUGUGAAAUACUGUAGAACAUGAAGUGAGUUUUUUGUCAAACUUUUACCAAUUGUUUUUUUUUUAUGCUGUAGACAAAGUAAAGUUUUAAUUAAAAUUUGUGUGUCUCCAUACUCGCUCAGGAGCAGGACCAUCUUUUACAUAUGCAAUGAUUUCUCAAAAUACCAAUAUGAUUAUAUUUACAAGUACAUACUUUGAACAUGUUGCCAACGAUUGUUUCUUUUUCUGCACUGAAAUUAGUCUAUUUAUUCUAGAAAAAGAAAGUUAUGGCUUAGUUAUUUGUUUAUUUUUUGAAAAAAGAGAAAAAGAAUCUUUAAUAGUUCACCACAAUAGCCGCCAUGUUAAUCACAGUAGAUGUGCAAUGCAUUACUAAAGAAUAACCUUAAUCGUGUUGCUUUCAUAAAAUAAAUUGGUGAGUGUAGAUACAGUUAAAUGAAAGCACUCUAAAGCCAGUCGGUGGGAAAAGUUAUAUACAUGUAGACAAUUCUCCCUGGGACACCAGAAGAGGAAAAAUAACACAAUUCACCAAUUUACUGUGGAAACCACUGAAAGAAUCUCAUUUCUAUAUACAAUUGUGUACAAAUGGAAAAGAUUUUAAAGCACAUCAACUCUCAACAUAGGGACACAUUUUAAGCCAACUUAUUACCUUUUUUGCAUAGACCAUAAUGCACCUUGUGUACCCCCCAGUUUUGCAUAACCAUUGUUUCCAAUUUCGCCGGGUCUAUGUGGUGAAUACACACUUCUCAUUCUGCCACCCAUUAGGGAUCCAGAGAUGUUUUAUCAAAUGCAAAGGCAAAGCUCCAGCUACUUAGAGCAAAUUCCUCUAAAGAGAAUUUUCCAAAAGAUAGGAAGAAUUCCAAAAGCAUCUUAGUGAGUGAGGGUAUACACAAAACUUAAAAAAAGAAACUCUCUCUUUUACUGCAUUCUGAAAACAGAAAAGAGGCACUCUAACAAGAAUCUUAAAGAGAAAAGACCAUUCUGCCCCCUUUCUCUUGAGUCAAUGAGAGCAGACAGAAACACUCUGUCUGGGUCUUUUCACAGUUUAAGGUUGUUCUUCUUAUAGGUUUACUAUGAACAACGUGUACAUUAGGUAACUACAUUUCACUCAUUAGAAAAUGACAGUAUUCAUUCUUGUGAUCACUGAGUUUACUAAAAACAUAUGGCUUUGCUUACCUCAGGCUUGCUUUAAGUGCAAGCGGCCAAGGGCCCUGCUUUAGUCUGCUGGCCCAUUUUACCCAUACUCUUACACCUUGCACAUGCACUAUAUAUGCCAGAGGGUGAAUAUUUUUAGCCCGUUUUUAGACUUGGAUCACCAACCGAGUAAGAAUGUCUCCUUUGGUUUUGCAGCAAUGUAAAUGUUCAAAUUGUGAGUUUUGGCUACUUGUGCUUUUACAUCUGCCUUCAAAUCUGUCUUUAUUUUAAGUCGUUCUUGUGUAUAACUAUGAAACUGAUUAGGGUACCGUACUUCCAGUUAUUUAGAAUGGUCAAUGAAUGUAAUUUGAAGGAUAAUUUUCAGUUGGUUUGCUGCAGUACCGGAAAUUACACAUACACACUGUCUUACCACACCAAGACUAUCUAUAGUCACAGACAAACGUAGUUGGGAAGGCUGUACAACUGAACAGUAGUCCAUUUUAAUCCUCAAAACAGAGAGUUUCUCUUUUGCUAAAUAUCAACCAUCCUAUUCAGUGUUGGGUUAUAACAGUAUACAUUGUAUGGUAAUUCUAUUUUUUUGCUGUAUCCUAACAAAUAUCAUUUCAUAAAAUUUUGUUUCAAUGUAAUGUAUCUCUUGUUUUCAGGCCUUGUCCCGCCAGCGGUGAGAUCUAGAGGAAGCAAAUCCAUAGCAGCUUAUAUGAGAGCCUUAAAGAAUGGUAAAACAAUGGUUGUACCUGUGCGAGUUAUUUUAAUUGGUGCAACUGGAGCAGGAAAGUCAAGUCUGCUGAAUGCCCUACAUCGGAAGUUCAGCAUGGAUGUACCACUAGACAAGGAUGAGUUAACGGCUUGGAGUGAAACUAUUUGGGAACUUGUCAAGUUUCCUGAACGAUCUUGGGUGCCCUUUUUGUUAGGAAAUGUCAGUAGCGGUGGAGAUUUGCCGCUUCAUGUCAAGGAGUGGCAGCCUCCUAGUGGGCCCCACAUGGAGUCGCCUGCCGACCUUUUAAAAGGUAAUGCAAAUAAUCUAAUGUAUACGAUUUGAAGAUUAUCUCUUGGACAACCAAAACACAUCUUUCAUUGUUUUUGUUUUUUUGGGAUUGAAGUUACUAAACACAUUUUUGGUUCUUUUCAGUAACAUGUUGUGUUCAUUAUGAACAGGGCCUUCCAGAGAGGUUGAUGAAUCUCUCUUUUUUGUGUUCCUUGUUCUUCUAACCUGUGUACAUUCCUAGUCUUAAAGUACUCUGAAAAAGAUCUACAUGUAAUGUUUCAUGAACUAAAAGUAGUAUUUGUGCUAAGUCAAAUUGGUUCUGUUUUUUUAUUUUCAAUGAGUGUAAUUAUUGUAUAUCUGUGUACAUGUACAUGUAUAACUCUGGUUCAUGUUAAAUGUUGCAGUUAUAUUGAUGCAUUUCUGAUGAGUACAUGUCUCCUGUACUCAUGAUGGGGUUUUAAGUCGGGAAUAUCUUUGUCUUUGUUUCCCCCUGGCUAUUAAAGCUUAAAAGGGGCCAAUGUAUAAAGAGCACAGAUGACAAUUUUGUAAGAAAUAAAAAAUCGCCAGCUUUUCGGAUGCCGGCAAAUUUUGCAAUGGAAUGCCUUGAUCCAAGAGAUUAUGAUGGGAAGAUAUCUAUAUUUUCCAGGGAUCCAUAUUCCCAGUUGUCUGGUCAUCCCAGACAACUACAGUCUCUUACGGACGAUUAAGAUAACUUCAAAAGUCGCCCUUUGGACGAGUGAGGUUUUGCUCAACCACAAAAUCUUUUCAAAAGUUCUUGUAUGAUUUUAUGAAUUUUCCCUGUGUUUUGAUUACUUCUCUGAUCCACUUAAAACUUACGCUAGUGGAGAAUAACAAGCAGCUUUAGUCUGCAAUGAAACCGUAAGUUUGGGCUCCAUCUUUGAUGGUGCAGCAUUUUCUAAAAAAGGAUCGCAGCCUGAGUUUUUUGUGAAGUACUGCAUUCAGAGGCCAUUUGUAGAAAACGUGACAGAAAUCAUUAACAUAUGGCGUUUUUUAGAGGGCAUUUCGUCGCGUUUGGCAGAAAAAAAAAGGUGAAGCAGAACCCAACGGUGCCUUAUACGCUUCAAGAUGUGACGUUUUUAGAAGACUUAGUCUUUUCGCAAAAAGGUGGGACAAGAGCUGCUGCCUUGUACGGGGGAAAUUGAAGCGCACUGUCUUCACUGUCCGACUGUGGCUACUUACCACACGUAAAUACACUGUGUUUAGCCUAGGCCAGUAGCCUGUUGUACUUUACAGUUUAGUUAAAACCCUUUCAUAGUAACAAUAACGGAAAUAAAUUCUAAUCAGAAAUGUUUAAGUUGCACACAACUUUUUCACCAUUCUUUUAAGCUUACAUAAUUCUACACUUUUGUCCGUGCAACCCAAAUUGUGAACGAACAAUUAUGCCAUCAGUCCGUUACUUGUUUGGCUGACAACUCUGUGAAAAAAUGAAUAUGCAUCCCUCAUUUUCAUGAAGAAAUUGCCCAACUGGUAGCAAUGCAAGGAAAAAGUUAGGUAGUGAUAUGUUUCUUUCUUAAGACACUGAAAAAGCUAUUGUCAAACAUAAAUUAAUUCGCAGCAAAGGGCUGAGAUUUAACCUUGGUAUCUCUGGGCAAAUAAGCUACUAGUCAUCUUCAUGCAGUUUUUACCAACCCUUAUGCAAGGCUAAAUUACCUGGAAUACAUUCUGUUGCAUGAAUGGAUUGUCAUUUGAAGGGCUUCACAAGAGCUUCCACGAAUGAAUAGCAGAAAAACCUCUAGUUUCUUUAGAGUCACUAUUAGCUUGAUGGGUCUCUAGAGUAAGUGCUCUCCUUUGACCACCAUAGAGAGAGCACAUAGGUGAAAAAUUCACUGUAUUGUAUUGAAGCUGUGAGUCACAAACUAGCUAUUGAAAGUAGAUAGCUUGACUUGAACAUGCCUUGGCUCUGUACAGGGUAAAUUUAAUAAGACUUUUACAAGUGUAGCUAUUGUUUUUAGACUCCUAAACAAUGGCUACACUUGUAAAGUAUAAGUGUAAAAGUUUUAUUAAAUUGACCCCAGGUUGCACAAUUGCAGUGGGAAAAAUAGUUGCAGGUCGACUUGUUUCUGAAAUACCUGAUUUGUUUCUGGUCAAGGAAUGCUACCUUACCUUGUCCAUAUAUCUCUGUUAUAUAGUGAACUUGAGUGGAAUUCUCUAUUGGAAUACUCAAGUAAAACUUUUAUCGAUGGCGUGAGUGCAUUUUCUAGGAUGAAUCUCGCCAUUUCGACUUGCUCUUUAGGAAACUUCCCAACUCAGCCUCACACUGGAUUGCGAGCGAAGGCGUACUCGGGCCAAAGAUUGCUCAUUAUCGUAAUGCUGCUGCAACAACUGUGUUUAAACUUCCGAGAAGAGGCAUGUAUUUAAGUCCAAUAAUUAUUCUACCUCCACUUUUUCCAUUCAAGGUCGGAUACUUUCUGGCGACUUCAAAUUCCAUCCAGGGGUACCAAGGAAUAAAUAAAAUGAAAAAAAAAAAGACCACAAGGUCGAUGCAAUAACUAUUUUCAAUUGAGUUAAAACUUUCUUUUGUUAAGUAGUUAAUCGAAUAAUUCAUAGUUAAAAUACCUGUAACAAAAUUGUGUAAGAACUGACCCCCCUUGAUUAGCCUUUGCUAUCUGCAGGUCAAAUCAUUUACUGUAUUAUUGUUAUAUAAAUUCUAAUAACGUAAAAGUCAGUGUCUCUAUGGCUGUAUUUGUGCUUUGCUUACCUGAAAAACUAAGGUUUAAGGGAAUUCAGCAAUUCUUGAGCAACUUUUUGUUUUAACCAAAAUUUAUUUCUUACAUUCUUUGUGCAUUGGGCCCUUAAAAUACUGAAAGAACAUCUUUUUUCUCUGAUAUUCAAACUAGUAUGUCUUCACAUUUCUUCAGCACCAAUUAAUUGUUGCCACAUGUUACUUAAAUGUCCUCUGCUUCUGUUUUAGAAAUGAGUGCAACAAUUGAUUCUGAGGAACACCCUUUGCUGUGUGGCUUUUGUCAUGCCUUCCAUCCUGUAUCUGAGAAAGUGUUAUGCGAAUUUUCAAGUUUGGCCCUUGACCAUGAGUUACCUCCAAACUUUAUGCCAGGAGAAGCCAUAUAUGUCCUGGUGUCUGAUUUGAGCAAUGCAGCCAGUAUGGAAUCCAAUCUUGAUCACCUUGUGAGAUGGAUGAACUCGAUUUAUUCUUCUAAAGAUACCUGCACUGAAAAUGUUUCAAGCCCUUCCCAUCCCCAAGUAAUCUUAGUGGGAGCACAUGCAGACAAAGUUGUUGGUGAUCCUUUGAAACCAUUGAAUGUCAUCUUGGAUAGAUUUCGUGGAGAAAGGUUUUUACCACGUAUUGUUGAUGAAAUGUUUAUUGUGGACAACACCUUUGUUGGACAAACUCAGGAGGAUGUAAAUAUUUCAAGACUGCGACAACAAAUCAUUUCCUUGGCCGCCACAUUACCUCUCAAAAAGCAAGAAAUUCCCCUGCAAUGGCUUAAAAUGGAGAAAGUACUUCAUUACCUAGCUAUUGCAGGAUUUAAGUGUCUUUCUAUACGACAGUUCAAGGAUUUAGUCAAGGGAAUAUGUCAUUUUGAACUGGAGGAAGACAGUCAUGAGCUGUUGCACUUUUUGUGCGAUCGUGAUGCAGUUCAGUAUUUCACCACACAAUUAGAGUCGGGUGGCUUGGUUUCCCUGGAUCCACAGUGGUCAAUUCAUCUGUUAUCCAUUUUGUCUGGCAAGGAAGGAGCUGUUAAGACUACGAGGUAAGGUAAAUACCAACGCUUUAAAUUCCUCUUGAUUCUAAAGCUGGUAGUUUUUCAGCCUGAGGUUAAUCAAGUGUAGUGUUUUUUUCUCGUAUUUUUAAUGGUGUUCUCUCCUUUAUUUGCUCAAAAUGUAAACUGGAAUGUCUGAAACAAAUCGUCCUCGUCCAGAUGUGUUCAGAUUGUACAAUACCAUUAUUGUCAUCUUCAAAAUAGGUGUAAAAAUCAGCACUAAAGUUUAUCGUGUUAAAGUUUCUUUAAUUUUUUUAUUUCUUUAUUAAUUUUAAUUUCUUGUUACAUUGAAUUUAGAAAAGAAAUCGGGGAGAGAGACCUUUGUGAAUCGCCGUCCUUAACCCAUUCGCCCCUGAGCCGCCCGUGCGGAUCCACGUCCUGUCUACUGCUUGUGACAUCAUCAGUUUUAACGGUCAAGGGCAACUUUGUCCGCUAACUUGUGCAGAGUGAAGAGAUCUUUCAAACAAAACCAGAAUGAGCACAAUUCAGUCAAGGACACCAGAGAAAAAGGACAAAAACCAUGUAACAUUGACCUGAAAAUCUCCAUGAAAAUCUUGUUCCAUUGCCCACCUACCUUUCCUUUCACCUAAUCCUAAGAUCCUAAAAGCUUUCCUAAAAACUCUUCCCACCAAAAUGAAGCCUACUAAGUGCCCAGCAAGAGAAAAAAAAAUCAGGCAAGAAAAGCGAAAAGAGGGGAGGAGAGAAAGGGAAAAGUAAGAGUGUGUCACUUCUAAACCCAAAAUGCGCGAACAGAUGCCCGAACUUCGCAAGCUAAUAUUUUGCAUCUAGAUCAGAAGGCUGUGAAGUGUGCGACCUGUGAACGGUUUUGUGGUAAGUUUAAGGUGACUCGACCCAGUUUUUUUUUUUUUUUUUUUUUUGGGGGGUACCAUCCUACUUUGAAGCUCUCUGGUAUCCCCACCUUUACUUUUAUCGUAAGUCUAACACAUAGAAUGGAUAACAUAUAGAUCAAUCUACAAUAUAACAUAAAAUUUUUGGCGAUCGGAGUAAAUGUCACGUGGUUAUAAUGCCACGCCCCUUUGAGGUCUGAGUCGAAAAUCUGCUGUUGCCGGCAUUUUUUCGUGAAAAUCUCUCGGCUACACAUAGUGCGCAUUAGUGCCUUGCGCUGAACAGAGUUUCACCAAAAUCGCAAAGACCCAAUUCGAGAAAUUCAGCGGUUUCCAAAUUUAGGUCAUAAUUUAUGCGAAAAUGAUAAGCAAACUUUACACGGAUUAUAUCUAGUAAACUAUGAGAUUCGUCCCUGUAUUUUGGGCAUCCUUAUAACAGAUGGGUCCUUGCAAGUCAGCAAAACAAUUUAGGACCUUUUAAAUGUGCGCGAUUUCGAGCAAAGCAAACAUAUAGAAAUUAUAGUUUUCGCUAUUUGUUGACAUUUGUCAGCGUUUAAGAGUCAAUCUCACGAAAAAAUCAUUUUAUUAAAAAUUCGUAGUUUAUUUUCCUUCAAAUUUUUUCAGGGCCACAAUUGAUUAACUAACUACCCGGACUCCGAAUUUCAUGGUCCUUGAAAAACUGUGACAUUAUCCUCUAAUUCCAAACUUGAGUAAACAUUGAAGAUUUUUAGCGUUUUGGCUGAGUUUGUGCUUUGGGAGUUGUCUAUCGUUUCCAGUCUGUCAUGAUACAGCAUUCUUGUUCAGCACCCCUGCAAUGACCGCGCUUUGCGGGGCGUGGCAUUAUAACCACGUGACAUUUACUCUGAUCGCCAAAAAUUUUAUGUUAUAUUGUAGAUUGAUCUAUAUGUUAUCCAUUCUAUGUGUUAGACUUACGAUAAAAGUAAAGGUGGGGAUACCAGAGAGCUUCAAAGUAGGAUGGUACCCCCCCAAAAAAACCGGGUCGAGUCACCUUAAGCUCUUUAUAGCACGACAGUGACCAGAAAACCACUCGACUAGCUUCAAAACUUGUUUUUCGGCAAAAUCUCCAGGAGCGAAUGGGUUAAUCUUGCCUAUAUGAGUGUAUCUUGCCUACAGGGGGCCAGGUGGCGUCUGUACAAUAGCCGAAAAACCUUCCACGUAAUGUCCACGCUAAAAUCCAGAAAAAAAAAAUAUCUGAGAAAGCGUUGAAUUCUGUUCGUCCUUCUCUUUUAUUUCCAAAAGCCACCGGCAGAGAACAACCAGAGAGCCAAAGUACAAGUAAGCAUAUAUAAACAUGAUAAAUGUGAUAAACUGUCCAUAAAGGCUGAGGUUUUCCCCAGGGAAUCUAUUCCAACAUUCAUUCACCAAUCACAACACCGGAAAUAACUUGUGUCGUGGCAUUUACAUUACAACCAGAGGCUUUCCCCCACAUUCUGGGUAAAUGGGAACACGGUCAACGACGGCGAUUCACAGACGCCUCUCUCCCCAAUUGUUUUCUAAAGGGGAGGGGGGCGUCUUUACACAGGCUAAUUGAAUUGAAAAUAAGUCAGAGGCACCCAACGAGAAUAUAGUUCAAAACCACUUAAACAUAGCAUUGUUAAACGUAUUUUAGUAUUAAAACGGUAGAUAUGGGCAUAUUUUUAUCCCCUAAAAAUUUUUCAUCUGUUCGGAUUUCCUAGCUGAAAGUCUAGUGAUUCGAAAAUUAUAGGGAUCAAAACUUACCUAUUCGAAAAUUUCAGCCAGAAAAAAGGCUCCCGAAAAUUGUAGGUGACCUUUUUAGGGUAAAAAUCCGUUAAAAAUGGGCAAUUAUACCAUUUUUUAGAUGUUCGAAAAUCCUAGGAGAGGCAGACAAGCAAGAAAUUUUGGAAAAAAAGUUCCGAAAAUUUUAGAUCUCAAAUCGUCUUCUGAACAGAUAUUUUCCGAAAAUUGUCAUUGGUUGGGUUAGGGUUAGGGUUAGUAUGUUAAAUCAAAUGGUGGCGAGUGAAUCAGGGAACAAGUUCAUACACUUUCACGAGUAUACCGGACAAGUUACUUUCACAGUCGUAGGUUUUUGACAUAGUUCAUAAAAUUGAUUAUUGAUCCAGAACCCCACUAGAAGCCUUCUUGAUGUGCUCUUUCAUGUGUUUAGGUUUUCUUUAGUGUCUUUUAAUGCCUUGACUUCGUCAUUUUUCUUUACUGCCAUCUUGGCACUGACACAUAUGGAUUGUUGUCAUAGCAAUUGUGAAUUAUAAUAAAUGAAUGCUGAAAUUUCGCACCAAAGUCAAGGAGUAAUUUGUCAUCCAUGAUAUGAGAUUGAAACAUCAGAUUAUUACCUACUACAAAGAAACGGUCUGCAGGUUUGUGUGGUUGAUUCGAAUUUCUCCCAUUUACUGUGAAAAGGGCAGUAAAGUAGGCUCUUCUGCAUGCUACGGAACAGCUGUUUACCACCUUCCUGCCUUUUGUCGUCAGGAAAAACAAGAUCGUUGACAUACUGUUCAUAACCUUACGUUCUAUCUUCAGGUAGUGUCGGGAAUCAGCUGAGAUUUUAUAAUCGAUCAUCGGAAAUAACAUUGCAUUGACCCAACUGACCAAUGAUCAAUUAUAAUCGGAAUAAUCUCUUCAUAAGAAUUUUAUACAUUUUCCACAGUACAAAGUACAUGUAAUACGAAGUUUUUUUAGUCUUUUGACUGUGGGCAGGUUUUGUUAAUAGGGGGCUUAAGCAAAAACGUAUUUGAGCAACACAAGUGAACCGGAAGUAUGAUGCUACCGAGAAGUGCAAAAAGUUUACUUCUGGUUGACAUGCGUAGCUAAAAAACAUUGUUGCUUAAACCCCCUAAAAACAAAUUAACAAUCUUCUUUGUUUUAAAUUUACCGUUUCAUAUUUUCUCUUCAAAUAACACCAUUAAUACAAAACAUUAAUUCGCCAUUAUUAAGUCAACAGGAAUGAUUUGACAUGAUUUAAAGAUAGAAUGGUUUGCCAUAAAGUAUCAUCAUCGCUGAGCAGCAGUUUCUGUUUGACCUUCGAGGCAUCACCAAUACUUGAUGACUGAUGAACGAAAGUGACAAGCUUCCUCCCUUUACCACAAAGACGGGAACCUCUGGAACCUCUUAGACGCUUCUUUACUUCAAGACAAAUUCUAUGAUCUCAUUGGCAGCAUUAUCAGUGACUCUUUUUGGAGUCUCAAAGUUUCAGACUUGAAGAGUUUCUUUUAAACUAGCAGCAAUUUUCCCUGCAUUGUGGCUCCCUUCAGCUGUUUUUAUUUUGUUUCAAGCAUCACACUCUUCAACUCCCAGUCAGAUGUAAUUAGGUGUCUUGACACUGACUGUAACUCUUUGUAUUUGCACUGGUCAAUCCCCCAUGAAUAAUCGUCAUGUCAGGACAGUUGUGGGUGUCUGAUCUCCUCUUUUUGCUUGUAGCUCAUAUGUCAGUGGUCUCAGUGUAUGUAUCUUUGUGGCUUUGUGUGUUGGUAUGUGUGUUGCAGGGUAAUGGACUGCUAAUAAGAUUGCAUACACUAAGUAGGACUAAGAUCCAAUGAGAUUUUGGCAGCUAAUUGUAAAUAAUUUUGGUAAAAGUGACAAACAGCUCCCUAAAAAUCUCUUGGUUUACUGUUGACCAACAUUCGGCCAAUAAACAACCAACAGUCGGCCAACAAGCAAUCAACGGUUGGCUGAAAGUAUUCCCAUUUUAAACAGAAAAGUGUUGGCCGACAGUCAGUUACUAACUGUCAGUCAACUGUUGGUCACUUGUCGGUCAUCUGUCUGCAAUCUGUUGGCAACUGUUAACACACUUUUUGGUAUCAUGGAGCUCUUGGUUCAAAUUGUUUGGGCAUUUGCAAACAAAUCUAUCUUGGAAAUAUUUUCACCUCAUUUCAACCUGAACGACGUUAGUUACAUCUACCUGGGUUAUGGUGAAUCACGUCGUGCAUCCUACAACUGGGACCCACACUAAUACCAUAGAGGGCCUUUGAAGCCAGGUGCAGAAAAAGCUGAAGAGAAUGAGUGGCACCUUCAGAGAGAAGCUCCAAGGUUACCUCUCAGUUGAUGAAUUCAACUGUCAGUGACAGUACCCAGGAAACCACUUCCAAAACAUGCUUAUGCCACAUUGCCGAAUUGCAUCCCGCUAAAAAAAACGGCCGUUUUAGGAGCUUCCAGAUAAAAGACAAGUCAAUGACCAACACCUUCUAACAUACAUGCUUGUUCUAUUUUUUUUUAUUUAUUGAGAAACC